GCAAUUUCGCGCCAAACCCGCGGCGUGCACCCCGUGUGCCCUAAAAGCUCGGAGUCGAACGCUGCUGCCGGCAUGGGGCGCUCGCUGAACUGCAUCGUCGCCGUGUCCCAGAACAUGGGCAUCGGCAAAAAUGGGGACCUCCCCUGGCCCCCGCUCAGGAAUGAAUUCAAGUAUUUCCAAAGAAUGACCACAACCUCUACAGUAGAAGGUAAACAGAAUCUGGUGAUUAUGGGUAGGAAAACCUGGUUCUCCAUUCCUGAGAAGAAUCGACCUUUAAAGGACAGAAUUAAUAUAGUUCUUAGUAGAGAACUCAAGGAACCCCCACAAGGAGCUCAUUUUCUGGCCAAAAGUUUAGAUGAAGCCUUAAAACUUAUUGAGCAACCAGAAUUAAACAAUAAAGUAGACAUGGUUUGGAUAGUAGGAGGCAGUUCUGUUUAUAAGGAAGCCAUGAAUCAGCCAGGCCAUCAUAAACUAUUUGUGACACGGAUCAUGCAGGAAUUUGAAAGUGACACAUUUUUCCCAGAAAUUGAUUUGGAAAAAUAUAAACUUCUUCCAGAAUACCCAGGUGUGCUCUCUGAGGUCCAGGAGGAAAAGGGCAUUAAGUACAAAUUUGAAGUAUACGAGAAGAUUGAUUAAUAUAAAGAUGUUUUCUGGUUUAUUUCAAGUUGUGCCAAACCCUUCUCCCCUUAAAAUUAAUGCAUUUUUACAUUGGAAAAAGAUAUAUAUUUACUUUAGAUCUAUAAUUUUUUUGUUUGCUUAUGUGUUUUCUUGCAUGCUUGUUUUAUGGUUCUAGAGAUCAAGCACAGGACCUCACACAUGGUAGGUUUGCACUCUACUACCCAGUCACAGUCUUAGCCACUGGAUAAUUAUAUCUAAGCAGUAUGUUUUUAUUCCUCAUUAAUAUUAGGGAGGUUAUAUUAAAUACCAUUUAGGAAACAUCUCUUGGCAUAACUGACUCAGCACCCUUGCUCCAAGGCCAGAACUGACUUCCUCCCAAUACCUGCUCAAGACAACAUAUUUAUCUGCAAAAAGGCCUGAAGUGGGAGAGUGCCCUGGGAACAUGAGUUAAUGUAAGGGCCCACAGAGAUAGGAACUAGAUAGAUAAGUCUAUAGGGCAGGGACGGGAACAGAGAGCUAUAACUCACAUUUUUAACAGAAAAUUAGGUCAGAGUUGGGCAUGUGAAUUAUUCUGUGCACAUCACACUUCUGAACAAAGUUCUUUUGACUUAGACAGGGACUCAGUAAAUUGAGAACUCCAUCAUUAUCUAUAGGGCUGGUCAAGAAACAGAAGGAGAUUACCUAAGGAGCACUAUGAGACCUGUGAAAUUUCUUUCUAAUCUUUUGUGGGAUUCGAGGGCCACUGUGGUAAUGUUCUUUACCCAAAAGAGAGCAAUAAAAAUGAUAGCUGCAGUUAAAAA